AUGUCGCGGCAGUCGGCUACAAAAGGCAAGAACAGCCUUGUGGCAACCAUCGCACGCCUCACACGUUCCCGGCCUAGAGACUCGUGUCGUGGAGAGCGCAAGACGAAGAGAGGAGGAUUGAACUUGAAGGCACCCAAUCACAACACCCUGCUCGAGGCUGAGAGCGAAAAGCCGCCCCUGCAUUCUCAUUCACAACCCAAUUCCCAAUCCCAUUAUCGCUGCCCGCCGCCUGCGGUUUCCGACCCGAUUGCGAAUGCCGGCAGUUCUGUUCAUGGUGGACACGCUGCCGACCCGGUCCCGCAUCGCGAAGCCGGCCUGUCAAUGACCCAAGAAGCGGCCCGGUCGUCUAACUCAAGAUCCAAGCGACGCAAGUCCACCCAACCGCCCGGGCGACAGCACACGCCCCGCGCAGCCCCCGAGGAGGAGAAACUGUACGCUAUACGAGGAAUCAUCGAGGAGAAGUACAAACGGCGUAAAUUACUGUACCUCAUAGACUGGGAGGACGAUUCCGACACAGGCGAGGCCUUCGAGCCUACCUGGGAACCUGCCGAGAACGCUACCCCAGUUGCCGUUGCUGAUUGGGAGGAGGAAAAGCGCCGGCGUCAGCUUCAAAAGGUCCUACCUGCUUCGCCUACUUCUCCUGCUAGUGGUGCUGCUGCUGCUCCUACUGCUGCUACUCCUACUACUGCUCCUGUUCCUGCUGCUGCUCCUGCUCCUGCGGUUGCUGCACCUGCGGCUGCUGCACCUGCGGCUGCUGUUCCCGCGGCGGCUGCUGCUCCUCCUGCGAUCGACAACGACGCUAGUGCUGGCAGAGACACUGAGUCUUCGAGACCCGCGAGCCGGCGCGCGAAUAACAAGCGGAAGGCUGGAGCCAGUGAGGAGAGCGCGCCGCGAAAGAAGCUAAAGCCCGAGACAGACCUCGCCAACGACGGCGAGCUACCUUGGGCUUUUGUGGAGGAAGUACCAGAUAACCGAGGGAAUAGGCUUUCCGUCGACAUUGAACCCCGCCCUGGUUUUGACCCAUCGGAAUACCUGCCGGCCCCGCCACCGCAAGGUUCUCAGGAGACGUCCCAGGCCCAAGCAACCCUUGGAGUCAGCCAGACGACGGCCAUUCCAGACUCGCAAGGUCUCUCUGAUUCCUUGCCAUCUCAGCACACGCCUGCAGGCUGGCCGCUGCACGAAGAUUCUAGAAAGGGGAUCGCAGGACUUGAACAAGAAGUCCCCGAGUCGCACGAUCGCCCCCAGGCCAGUAUCGAGGAUCUUGUUCAGCAACCCGUCCAGGAGCCCGCGCCAUCGGAGCACACAGUAGAAAGAGACUCACCACUCAAAGACGUCACCACUCAAGUGCAAACCUCCCGACCAUCGCCAGACGAGACUUUGCGCGACGGCACACUACCUCACUGCUCCGCGAAUCGCUUGAGUCCAUUCAAGUCUAAUCCGAAUAUCCCGUCUCGUCAGCCUGACUCACGCCAAGCCUCCAGUCCAUCGUUUGGCCUUGUUGACGGCCAACACGGCACUAGUGAGCAACGGUCAAGCAGCGGCCUUCCGGUAUUUCGGCUUCAAGAUUUUCAGAGCUCGGCGAGAAACAAGUCCUCAUCACAAGGUUUCUUGAGCCAGCCAGAAUUUAAUUUCGGUCCCUCUGUCUCGGAGGCCUCGCCAUUUAAAGGAGGGCCCCCUUCAAGCGCUGUUGGCCUCCAGCGGGACGACUAUCUAGUCUUCGAACCUAGCCAAAGAAGUAUCAACUCGCACCACCUCGCUUUGAUCGACAGUGUGGUACUACCGCGGGGUUCGUUUGACGGCAGGACAGAUCGUUCCACCUCCAAUACGAGCGAUAGCGACAGCUCUUUGCGUCCACUUCAACCCCCGAAAGCCAGCAUUAUGGACGGUUUUCCAAGAGAAAGCACGCCACGCUUGUCAGCGGUCGACGAAUUUAGACAAAUGCGAGCUAGAAUAUUCGAAGAGCCAUUGGCGGACUUGACUACUUUAAGCUCGGUGCAAAGUACCAUUCAGGCUCACGAAGUUGAGCCCGGACACCCAAUAGUCUCACCGUCAGCUUUCCUUCCUGCAUCGGACGAUGGUAUAGCCCAACGGCCUGGGCAGCCUUUUGAGGGGCAGCCGGAGUUAUUUGGCUCGUGGCAAGAUGUGUCAUCCAGCGUUGCUUUCCGAGGUCUUGACAUGAGUUCUGGAGCAAAGCCUAGCUCAGCAGUGCCACAAGAGUCCAUCUCGGCCGCCGACAAGUUUAGAGGAAGCCUAAGCAUAGGCCUAACCCCCAAUAUAUCCGCCUCGAGACUCAGUAUCUCCCCAGAUCACCCUGAGCUAGCAGAAGGACAUGAACAGACCCCAACAACCGUGGCACCCUCAGACUUGACUACGACCGAUGAUGCCUCCAUUGGAGACGCUGCUCUCCCGAACAACGGCCUGCAUACCCUGCCUCUGCUGAGUGAAGGUCCAGGGAACCCCGCGGCGGCGCUUGGAGGGUUUGGGUAUCACGAGUCUCGAGAAGACAACCACGAAGAGCCAGGAGACGGUGAACAAUCGUCCCCAAUACUAAGAGAAUUCAUCGUCACCCUGCCUAUGGCUGCCAGUACCCGCGCACAGUAUCUCAAGACAAUCUCUGACAACAAGGCAACCAUGAUUGAGUUCGGCGAGGUGUUUACGCGUUCGUUCACAAGGCUGCCCAGCGACUCGUUGGUGAGAAGAAUAGAUGCCGUCUUUGAACGCUUUCUAGAGCUCUGCGACCUACCGGCUUAUGCCGACACGUUUGCCCCAAUGAAAAAGGGAGAGAUGUCGAGGCACGCGACAAACUCAAACCCCAAAUUUUCCUUCAUUCACGAGUUUUUGAAUUUGCUGAAGAAUACGAAAAUCUGCAUAUUGAUUAUCUCUCGACCUGGCCGCACAUUCGACUAUCUAGAAGCGGUCGUAUCUGCCGGAGGUAUUCAUCACCAAGUCCUCGGUCGAGAAACCCCGAUUAGUCCUACUGUAUCAGGCGGGCCGAAUGGGUUGAAGGUUAUCUUGGCCGCGUCGGGUCAGGAUUUGAGCUUAAUCAACGGAGGCGUCCAGGUUGUCAUUGCUUUCGAUCAUGCUGCUAGGGAAGUCAGCUUGCCACAGACCUUAGGCUACGAUGAGUUGACACCCUUAGUUCUCAACCUUGUUGUUACGUACUCGCUUGAGCAUAUCGAUAUGCAGCUGGGGUCUGGCUUGGACGGUCUCGAGCGCAAGAAUGCGCUAAACAUUGCGAUCGCUUCGGCUCAAGAUAUCCUAAAGAACCCCGAGCCCGGAUAUUCAGAGCCGCACGAGAUAGCCGAGAUCUUCGCCAGUUUUCUUAAAAACCGAGGCGAUGACCCGGAUUGGGAACCUCAGGCUCUCCCAAGUAACCUUUUUGAACAUUGGCUGAGCACGCAGGGUACCCAAGGGUCCCAGGCCGAGGAGUCUCAAUCCCAAGAUGGACUGAGCGUGCGUAAACGCGCAAAUGACAACGUUGAAGGAGGACCUUCAAAACGUUUGAGGGUUCUCGAUGCUCAGCAACCCGCACACAACAAUGCUCCAGCACGAAUGAGCGACUUGCUGAAGAGCACGCUCGCAAAGUACAUGCCUGCUGGCAAUACCCGCAUUCAUCUGACUGAGGUGCCUAUUGAGCAGCUUGAGCUCAUGGCGUGUAAGAUUGCGGAAUUGGAGAAUCUUCUUCAUACGCAGGCGAAUGCCGAAGCGAUCUUACACGUGUGCGUCAAAACCCUUGAAGAGGAGCGCGAUUCUUACAAACGUACAGUCCAGACCACACAGCCAAAAUACAUGCAGGCUUUGAAGGACCGAGGAACGUUUGAGUUAGAACACAAGAAAGCCAUUGACGAUGCGAAUACGGCCAAGAAACGGCUUGAGGCAGCCAGGGUGGAAGCGGCAACUCUGAAAAAGCAGAUCAAGGACCUCCAAUCCGACAAAUCCAACGCCGCCUUGGCCAACUCGUCAAACCCUGAAGUUGCCGGGCUUUCCCUGGCUCGGAAAGAUCUCGAGGAGGCGCAAUCUAAGGCGCAAAGUCUGGAAAAGAAACUUGCCAGUGCUCAGAAGGAAACAGAGUAUAGCCGCGCGGCCUACCAGGACGCGUCCAACUCGUUUGUCGAGCUCAAGGCAGAGAACCAAGAGCUGCGUGCGAAGGUGGAAAUUCUGGCGAAGCGAGCGGACGAGAAUCUCGUGCGGAUUCACCAAAUCAAUGCAGACAACCAGGUAGACGCAACGCGCAGGCAGACGGAUAAGCUCCACGCCAUCAUACGGGAACGGGAGCGAGAGAUUGAGCGCGCUAGAGAUGAGCUGCGCGUAAUCAGGUCCGGGCGACGCGAGACUCGGCAGGUUAGUGUUCCGCGGAGUCCGCGCCCCGGUGUCAUGAGUCCACGACCUAGCCGGGCUGUCGUUGGCGGCGCCGGAAGCCGAGGCACUAGUCCUGCCCCGUUUGACGGUGCUGCCGGCCCCGCCACAACAGUCCCAGGAAUGACUUUCAACAAUGGUCGCUGGCCACAUCUCCGAGACUAG